AUAAAAAAAAAAAUAAGGAAGAAAAAUAAAAAAAGAAAAAAUAAAUUAAACAAAAACCAAAACUAACCCAGGUAGGGAGGCACACACAUUUUUAGCUUACUUUCCUUUAGAAAAUUCUGUACAUUUGUACGUUAAUGUUUGAGAACAAUUGUAAAAUUCUCUGGACUUAUUCGAGGCACGGACUCCCAGGCAGAAGGGGGGCGCGACGGAGUGGGAGAGAAUGGCCAAACAUUUUGCAAAGAUCAUUGUGUAUGGCGCCCAAUCGGUGGGUCGGGCAUUCGUCAAGGCGGUGCGGCAGGAAAUCGAAGCAUCUCGGGUGGCGGCCCAACAGCAUCGGACGAAUAGGUUGAGUAAGGCGAAAUGCCACGAUUUGGCUGUGAAAGGGAUGACCCUGCAUGAGGCCCAACAGAUACUCAAUGUGAAGGAUCUUAACAAUCUUGAUGAGAUCCGUGGCAAUUAUGAGCAUCUGUUUCGGGUCAACGAAAAGGCAGCUGGUGGCUCCUUUUACAUCCAAUCGAAGGUGUUUCGCGCCAAGGAGCGUAUCGAUCGUGAGCUACAAGAUAAGCUAGAGGCGGCCCUCAAUGAAACCCAAAGCGUAACCCCACCGCCAACACCCCCAGCCCCAUCACCAGCAAAAGCAGCAGCAGUAGAAGCAGAAGCUGCCACGAAAGCAACAAAAGCAACCAAAGCAACCAAAGCAACAAAAGCAACAACAAAAGCUAAUCGAGUCUAAAGCAAAUUCUGUGUAAAAACUCUGUCCCAAAUGUCGGCAAACCGAACAGCCCAUAUUUGUUACUGUUCGCCAUAUUUGCUUGAUGCUCAUCAAAAAAACA